GCCCCGACCCCCAUCUCCCUCGCGCACCCUCUCUCUCGAUCCCCAGCGCCGCCGCCAUCUCCCUCGAUCUCUCUUUCACGCGCGCUGCCAUCCCUCUCCCCUCGACCUGAUCCCCCGUUCUCUUCCUCCCCCUCGUCUCUCUCCCUCACCUUCUCCUCCACCGAGCUAACCAGAGGCCUCCUUGAGCGCUUCCUUGCCUGCAGCCACCAGGACGCCAUGGAUGCACCAACUCGACUCGAUCCCGGCAACCUCGACCCUGCGCUGACUAUCGCCUCUGCUCCGGUCGCCCUCGCGUCUCCAGGCCGCCGUCACGCGCUCUCUCCCCCGCGACCCCGAGCUCCCUGCAGUCCGAGCGCCACGAGGAGGAGCCCCUUGAGCACCGGCCGCCGCCGCCAGUCUUCGUCGUGCCCCUGCUGCCUUCCUUCCCCGCGCCUCCUCCUCGCCAACUCCCUGUCGCCGAGCGUCGAGGAAAGGAGCCCCUCGAGCACCGGCCGCGCGCCGCGCGCCCAACCUCCUCUUCGCCCGCCUCCUCGCCUGUCCGUCGCCGCCGCGGCGCGGGCCCCGCCUGAUGGAUCCCCGAGCAGUCUUCCGGCGCCGCGCCUCCCCGUCACCCGCGUCUCCUCGCGCUGGCCCCGGCCAGCCGGCCACCGGAGCCUCGCCGACGCCCCGUCCUCGCCUCUCCACACGCUCGCCAGGUCCACGUGCCGAGCCGGCCCUGCAGCCCUGUCCCCGGCCUCCGAUGACUCGCCGCGCCCGCCAAGUUCCUGCGUGAGCCUCCUCUGCUCGCUCGCGUGGGCCGCAGCGGCUGCAAGGCCGGUCGUAGCCAGCCAGCCUCGCCUCUGCUCCGAAACCAGGAUCGUCAAGGUCAUCUUCGAGAAUUUUCGCCAAGUACCACGACAUUCGGAGCCCCUUGGAUACGUCAAGUUCGACUACAAAACGUCAAAACGUGUACCACUACCGCCGCCCGAACUUCUACGAACGGUGUACCACGACGAACAUGUACGGCUACAUGAUGACCCGCCAAGACCUCGAACCACUACCAUCGCGAGAACAACUACUUCCACUACCGUCGCCACGUGAACAACUACUUCCUCUACCGACGCCGUGUACAACUACUUCCGACGACGUCCUGUGAACGCCUACUUCCUCUACACCGCUCCGAAUUGCGAACCGUCUCGUUUGAACGCUUCGAAGCUUCGGUUUCGUUCCGGAGUUGUGAGGAUUCGUUCGAAUACAUCCGUUUGUCUUCUUCAUGGACUCGUUCUUCUUCCUUGCGGGAUUUCAG